AGGACCCGGAUGGGGCGGGGCCGCGUGAGGCGGCGGUCACGUGUCGGCGAUGGGGACGGCGCUGGACGUGAGGGUGAAGCGCGCUGGGAAAGUCUAUCGCGAUGGGGAAAUUCUUUCUGGAGUGGUGGUCAUAACCAGUAAGGAUGCAGUGCAGCACCAGGGGAUCUCCUUAACCAUGGAGGGCUCAGUGAAUCUGCAGCUCAGUGCCAAAAAUGUGGGUGUAUUUGAGGCCUUCUGCAACACUGCCAAGCCUAUUCAGAUUAUCAACAGCACCAUUGAAAUGGUGAAACCAGGGAAGCUCCCCAGUGGCAAGACAGAAAUUCCCUUUGAAUUCCCACUGCAAAUGAAGGGCAACAAAGUUCUGUAUGAGACAUACCACGGAGUCUUUGUCAAUAUCCAGUACACCCUGCGCUGUGACAUGAGACGUUCCCUGCUGGCAAAGGACCUGACCAAGACUUGUGAGUUCAUUGUCCACUCCCUGUCACAGAAAGGGAAGCUGCUGCCGAGCCCUGUGGACUUCACCAUUACUCCUGAAACUCUGCAGAAUGUUAAAGAGAGAGCCUCCCUCCCCAAGUUCCUGAUCCGAGGGCACCUGAACUCCACCAACUGUGUGAUCACGCAGCCGCUGACAGGGGAGUUGGUGGUGGAGAGCGCCGAGGCGGCCGUCAAGAGCAUCGAGCUGCAGCUGGUGCGGGUGGAGACCUGUGGGUGUGCUGAGGGCUACGCCAGGGAUGCCACAGAGAUCCAGAACAUCCAGAUCGCCGAGGGCGACGUCUGCAGGGGCCUCCCCAUCCCCAUCCACAUGGUGUUCCCCAGGCUCUUCACCUGCCCCACCCUGGAAACAACCAACUUCAAAGUGGAGUUUGAAGUGAACAUCGUGGUCCUCCUGCACGACGACCAUCUCAUCACAGAGAACUUCCCCCUGAAGCUCUGCAGGAUGUGAACAUCCACAGGAGAAGCAGGGAAGGAUUUUCUGGGAAUUCCUCAGAGGGCAAGUGGAACUUUAUCCAUGCCUGACUUCAGCUGGAGCCACCUCACUUCCUUCUUCCUGUGGUCCACUUCCCUGUUAACCUGGCCAAGACUUUGCCUCUCUGCAUUCCCCAAUCCUGCUGCCUAAAACAGCCAUGUUUUUUCCCAAUUUUUCUCAGGCAAAUCCUGAAGGAAUCAUUCUGUAGCUUCCUACAGCUUGUAGAAGUAUGUAGCAAGUUUCUCUCUUGAUUUAAUUUUGCAAUAUUUGUUCCAAAGUCCUUUGAAGACCCCUUAAAACUCAUAAGUCCCAACACAGCCAUACUGGGAAUUGUGACAGAAAUAAGGUCUUUGAAGGCCUAAAAAAUGGUGCUACAACUCUGGAAGAGGGUGCUGUGGGAUCUGUCCCAAGGUGGAUGGGAAAUGAGUGAUUUCAAAUCACACCAAGGAAAUUUUGGUCAAAUUUGGAACAGGAGUUGGUGUUGGAGGAGUUAAUUAAUGUGUGUGUGAGUGCACAGCUUAAAGGAAAAGUAAUUCAGUAAGAAAUAACCUUCCCAACACAAACAGCUUGUGGAUUUUCAUGUUGUUUUCAUGGAACAGCCACAACUUGUGGAUUUGCCAUUAAUUUUCCAUGUGGGGUAGAGGCAGGCUCAGUCUGUAUUAUGGAAAUUGGAAGUGUAAAGAUGAGCACCUAAAAAGGCACAAUGAAGAAAACUAAGAAAAAUAAUUUCCUUUGGUUUCUCCAGCAGCAUUGCCAAGCAGGAGAAUGUAAUUCCAGUUUGGGCCCUGGUGUUUCAGGAAGAAAAAGCUGAAAUUUUCAUUUCCAAUGUCUGGGAAGGGGCAGGAAAAUACUAUUUACUGAAAUGUACUAUUUAGUGAAAUUUACUUUUCCCUGAGACCAGGGAUGGUACAGUGGGAUUUGGGGAAGAGCUGCAGCCCCCCCCAAAACUACUGAAAGCUGAAAAGGAUUUCAGUGCUGGAAUUUUUAGGCCUUAAUUCUACAGCAGAGUAGUUACUCACUCCUAACCCAGAGUGAGCAGAAAAACUACACAAAAACAAUGUGUUUGGCUGUAGCAGUAAUUUUGUUUUUUAUUCAAGUGGUAAUUAAUACACUCAUUAAUGAGAGAAGAGUUUAAAACUUCAGCUUCAGGAGAUGUAGCAGGGUGGGGAACAAGUGAUCCCUGGAAUUAGCCAAGGGCUCCUAAUCCAUGUGCUGCUCCCUGGAUUCAGACAACAGAAUAUUUGAGUUUCAUUUUAAGAUUCUCAGGCUCUGGUCCUCACCUUUUGGCUGUGUGGGACAAAUUUGUCUGUGUUGAAGGUGCUCUGUCCACUUCAGACUCGGAAAACAGUGGGAGAAAAUUCCUUGAGCUGUUGGAAUUCUGCCCCUCCUGCUACUGGUGACCAUUCCUGCACAAAAUACAGAGGAAGUGUGGCUUAAAAAUCCUUCCAAAAAUCCUUUUAAAAAAUCCUUCCCAUUUAAACAGACCAGCUCUUCAACAAGGGGGAAAUUCAAAUUUCAACCUUAUUUUUAGAUUAAAGAAUUAAUUCAUAUGAAUAAUUUAAAAUUCUUACUUCAAAAUGUGAUUUAAAGUCAUUAUUUAAACAAUUUGAGUUCUCAGCUGUGGAUUUAUGCACAGAGAUGAGCUGCCAAGACCACACCAGGCUUGAAUCCUGGAUUGUUUAUGCCAGAGGAAGGGAACGUCUUCAUUUCCAAAAGUAGGGUCACCUACUUGCUUGAUCUUGGAAUAAAUCUGAGGGAAAAGCCCCCUCCUCAAAGGAAUUAUCAAGUGGACUUUCAGGUAAAAGAAUUUGGUAUUUUCAAUGUCCCUUAGCCAAAAAUCCAUCAGUUUUGUGUGCUGCCAGCCCUGAACUGCACAGCUUUAGGCAGGAACCAGGAGAAAUCCUGGAUCUUGGAGUCAAAUCCCAGGUUUGUUUCCAUAGCCAAUAAACCCAGGGUUCUGUCCUGUCCCCAGCACUGGGGUUGUGCUGCAGCCCCUUUUCAUCUUGAAUUCUGAAGUGUGGGAGAAGAGCAGGAGUAAAAGAGGCUCAGCUGUACUUGUUCCAGGCAGGAAGCUCGGGGAAGUCCUCGGGAAGCAGAGCGUGGACACGGCAGAUGGGGCAGGUGCUGGAAUGCUGCUUCAGCCACAUCCGGAUGCACUGUGGGGACAGGAGAGGGUGACAGGCAAAACUGGGCAACAGGAGUCCAGCUGGAGGCUGAAAAUUAUUGCCACUAAUGGGGAAGCUCUUCAACAAGUUCUCCACCCCUGAAAUUUGGGGGUGCAGAGCUGUUCUCCUGCUCUAACCAAAUUUAUUCUGCGAGGACAAAUCAGCAUUUAAAUGAAAAAGGUAAAGGGAGAAAUGGAGCUAGUCCAACACAAUCCUGGCUUUUUUACUUCAUGAAUUUCUACUAUCAGGAGGCAAAUACAGAGUUUUCAGGGAUAACCCAUUCCCCCAGUGUGCUGCCAGCAAUCCCAGCCAAAUUCAUUCUCUGAAGAAUCACCUGAAAUGCACUCUGAUGAAUCAUUUUACUUUAAAAAUACCUAAAGCUUUCUGGCAGGCUGGCUGUGGGUCAAGUUUGGGGGGCAAAGGCUGGGAAAGGAAAUGGUGCCCUGUUGUUUAAGCCCUGAAGGGCAAGGGGAGGGUAAAGGGGUUGUUCUUGAGGUGGAGAUGAGGAACAAGAGCAGAACUCACGUCUUUGUGGAAGUGAUGGCCACACUCGAGCUCACAGCAGUCUGUGCUCAGCUCAUCGUGACAGAUGGCACAGGGAUCCUCACUGCAGGCCUGGCCAGGAAAGGAACACCCAGUUAUUUAAAAAUCAGCAACUAACCAGCACAUUCUACACCAUUAACAAGGUCACUAACUUUAACCAAGUCUACUGAAGCUUUUGUACACAAAAUAAACGAGGCAAUUAUUUUUUUUUUCUCCAGGAUUAUUUCGUGUCUUGUACAAAGCACAUGGCAACAACUGCACUGAAACAGAAAACUUACAGCACUGUCCUGCUUUGUCCAUUUGGCUUUAGGUGCAGCAUUUCCCCAGGGCUGCAGGUUUGGCUGAGAGGGGUUUUUACUGGAGGAGGUUUUGGGGCCGGGCGCUGCCUGGGCAGAGCCAAGGGACUGCAGGGCUCUGCCUGCUGGAGGUGCUGCCUGCACAGGGAGCAGAAAGGAACUGUGUUCUUGGGGCUGUGCUGCUCCAUCUCCCAGGGGAGGAGGAAGAGGAGCAGCUGCAGCCCCAGUACCUUGUGCUGCUGCUCCAGGAUGAGCUCCGUGGCCUGGCUGAGGAUUUCAUCCGGGCUCAGGGUGGCCACGCUGGUCCCAUUUCUCCUCUGCACCUCCCUGAUGGAGGCAACGAGCUCUGAGCUGCAGGGACAGGAAAGGCAGGGUCAGGGCUGGCCCUGGAGAGCACUGCAGGCUCCCUGCUGGAUCCCAGCAGGACCACAGGAACCAGCUUUUCCAGUGACUCUCCAGGAUGAAACUCCUCACCCAUCACCAGAAUCAUGGAAGGGGUUGGGCUGGAAGAGACCUGAAAGCUGAUCUCAUUCCAGCCCCUGCCAUGGCAGGGACACCUUCCACUGUCCCAGGCUGGGAUCCAGGGGCAGCCACAGCUGCUCUGGGAAUUCCAUCCCAGCCCUGCCCACCCUGCCAGGGAACAACUCCCAAUUCCCAAAAUCCCAUGUAACUCUGCCCUCCAGCAGUUUAAACCCAUUCCUCUUUGUCCUGUUCCUCCAUCCCUGUCAGCAGAACAAAAUCAAUUCCUUCAUCCCUUUCUUUCAUCCCUGGCUGUUCAGACCUUGUUUCACAGCACUCCUUCAAUCCAGUACCUGCUGUAAUUUGGGAAUAUACUCUGGAGCCGGGCAAAAAUAUUUUCAUUUCUUUUUUGAAGCUUUUUGUUGUUUGGAAUUCCAGAAGGCCUCGGCUGCAGAGCUGAGGGAUCUUGGUGGGUCAGGUUGGGCUGGACAUGCUGGGAGUUAUUUCCAGAAAUGCCUGAUGGGCAGGAUGGUGAGAUUUUAUUGGAAUGUGACCCCUCUGGAGCUUUGGGAUGUGUUUUGCCAGCUGCAGAAGAAGCCUCAGAGGUGGCAGGUGCAGGCUUAGCUCUGGUCUGUGCUGGAGCUUUUCCAUCAGAACUGGAAAAUGCAGGAAGGGCACUGGGAUGUGCAGGUGCCAAGGAAUAGGUGACAAUGGCAGGGUCACACACGGAAGGUCUGCCUGGCAUUGUCUAGGAAACAAACACAUUUCACAGGAAACAGUGAUUAAAAUAGAUUCAGCAUUUGCAGUGGGAAUUGUGACAGGUGUGGCUGUGCCCAGGAUCUCAAAGGUGGCAUCAGUUUAUCUGAAAAACUCCCUUACAUCAGGGCAGUUGUUUGACCUCAUGGUUAUUUCUCUUCUAAAAGGUCACUCUGGUCUUAAUGCAGAAAAAAAAAAAUCAAUUCCAAAUGCAGAACAAGAGGCACAAAAGCUGCUCUUUCUCAAUAAAUUGGUGGUGAUUAAAUUAUCUCCAUAUUCUGUGUCAAUAAAUGGAAAGGACAGACCUCCUAAAAAUAACUGGGGAAAUAGGCAGGAGAACAGGAGUGGAACUUGCAGAAGACCAGAAAAAGUGUCAAUAUUAGA